CACUUUUUACAGAUUGCAGACAACACCGAAUCAAUCAAUGCGGGCAAAACAUUUUCAGUUGUCACGCGUAAACAACAAUAAAAUCCAGGUUAAAAAUCAAUUAAUUUUUAUAAUUAAGAAUGCCUUUGCCUCCAGCACUCGCUGCAAAGUUAGCCAAGCGAGGAAUUUUACAGCAAUCUGAUACUAAUGCAAAUACGACUGCAAAACCGACUACAAAAUCAGCAGAAGUCCGAGAAUCUGAAGCAAAGUUGGCAGAGGAAACAGCAGCUUUAAAAGAAAAAGAAGAAAAGUUACUAGAGAUUAAACUCAAAGGAUAUGACAGCUGCCCAAACAAAUGGAAUCCUUAUCAUUCAUGUACUCCCUUCUGCAGUGAAAAAUGGGGAGAGGGGAAAAGUGUGCCAGAUCCAGAAUAUGAAAGACGAAGACAGAAAAUGUUGAUGAUUUAUCCCUUGCCUGAUGGAUGGCAAGAAAUUUAUGAUCCUGGAACGGGAAGACACUACUACUGGUGUUUAGAAUCAGACAAGGUCUCUUGGUUUCCUCCUGGACAUCCAAAAGCAUGCCCUGUUGUUGCUGCCGCGAAAGUUAGAGAAAACAUAAGUAACCAAAACAAUACUCCAGAGAAGGACAAUGAUGUUGAAAUGGGAUGUGACAAUGAGGUGAGGGACAUGGAAUCAUCACGAAAACCUUCGAACUUUGUAAAAGAUAUGCGUGAAAAACAUCAAGAAGAUCGUAACAAAGUAAAAGGCAAAGGGAGAGUUAAAUUUAAUGAUUUAGAUCCCAUGGACCCAGCUUCUUACUCUGAUAUCCCAAGAGGAAGUUGGUCAACUGGAUUGGCUACAGGAGAUGAAGCAAAGUCUGGAGUGGAUGCAACAGCCACCGGACCUUUAUUUCAAAUGAGGCCAUAUCCAAGUCCUGGCGCUAUAUUAAGAGCAAAUGCUAAUGCAAAAGAAUGAUUGACAAUAAAAUAAGCUUUUCUUUUUUCUUA